AUGCUGCGUGCUACGCGCGGCACCCGCGUGCUGGCGCGCCUGCCGGCAGUGGCCCGUCCCAUGCAGCGCAUGGCGGCGUCCGCGUACUCGACGCAGCGGACGACGGGCUUUGACCCGUCGGUCAAGACGGCCAUGGACAAGCAGACACCACCGGAGCCCGGCUCGGACUUCCGCGUGGUGAUUGUCGGUGCCGGUAACAUCAACUUUGGGUCGGACGAGGGCCCCUGGAACCAUUCGUUCCGCCUCGAGCACAAGCUGGGUCCGCGUCUCAAGGUGGUGGCCCUGAUCGACCCGAGCGCGGAGCGCGCGCGGGACGUGCUCAAGACCAAGUGCCAGUCCGCCUACAAGGACACGAUCGUGUACCCCGACUUUAAGAGCUACCUGGAGUCGGUCACGGAAGAGAACCGCCCGCAUGCGAUCUGGGUCGGCUCGCCGCCCGCGUUCCGCGGCAGCACCGAGCCGGGCCGCAACUUGGAGCAGCUGCUGACCGACGGCCUCCCGGGCGUGCCGCUGUUUAUCGAGAAGCCUGUGGCCACGGGCGACGUGGACCAGGCGUUUGCUGUGGCGGACAUGCUAAAAAAGAGCGGCAACCUGGUGAGCGUGGGGUACAUGCUGCGCUAUCUCAAGGUGGUGCAGAAGAUGAAGCAGAUCAUCGCCGAGAACCACCUGCGUGUGAUGGCGAUCAAUGCGCGCUACAUUAUGGCGUACGAGCACACGGCCAAGCUCGACUGGUGGGACAAGUCGAAGAACCCCGGCCCGAUCGUCGAGCAGGCGACGCACUUCUGUGACCUGGCGCGCUACUUUGGUGGCGAGGCCGACCUGAGCUCGGUGGUCGCGCACUCGCUCGAGCACUACGAGCCGGCCGGCCGGCUGAGCAAGAUCCCGGUCGACGAGUCGCUCAUCGCGCCCGAGAACCGCAUCCCCCGCGUCACUUGCGCGACGUGGAAGUUCGACACGGGCGCCGUCGGCUCGCUGACGCACGCCGUUGCUCUACAGGGCACCGACUACUCGACGGAGCUGGACGUGUACGCGGACGGCUACUCGCUGCGCCUCGUCGACCCGUACAACAACCCGAUGCUCUACAUCCGCCGCCCCGGCGACGACCACGAGGAGGUCGUGCGCUACAACGACGACGACCCCUUCUUCUCGGAGGUGUCGAAUCUGAUCGACUGCAUCGAGAAGGGCGAGGGCACCUCGCCGAUCCUCAGCUCGUACGAGGACGCGGUCAAGACGUACGCGCUGACCUGGGCGAUCCGCCGCGCGAGCGAGCGCAGCGCCCGCUCGCCGCCCCCGUCGUAG